AUGGGGGAGCUUCCCGCCGCUCGAGUUAAUCCGUCGCCGCCGUUCGCACAUACCGGCGUGGACUACGCCGGUCCAUUUAAUAUUCUCCCGUUCGUCGGGCGCGGGCAGAAGACCCGAAAACAUUACGUCGCUUUAUUCGUCUGUCUGGCCACGCGAGCCGUGCACCUCGAGAUGGUCGAGGAUUAUUCCGCUGACGGAUUCCUGUCCGCGUUCCGCAGAUUUUCGAGUCGCCGCGGGUUACCGCGUCACAUGUACAGCGAUAACGGCACCAACUUCCAUGGCGCCGAUCGUGAACUCCAACGGCAAUUCCAAUCAAUGAUGCACGAUCCUGCGAUACGGGAUGCCAUAGCCGUCGACAAAGUCGACUGGGAGUUUAUCCCGUCGGCCGCUCCGCAUUUCGGCGGCCUGUGGGAGGCCGGAGUGAAGAGCUUCAAAGGCCAUCUGAGGCGAGCCAUCGGGGCUCGCACGAUCUCGCGGGCUGAAUUUGCGACACUUCUUUGUCAGAUCGAGACAUGUCUGAAUUCCCGACCGAUUGCUGCUCUUAGCGACGACCCUAGCGAUAUGUCCGCGCUCACGCCCGGACACUUCUUAAUCGGGCGACCGUUAAUCGCCGGGCCGGAAGAGUCCGUACUCGAGAUCAACGCGGAUCGCCUUUCCCGCUGGCAGCUCGUCAGCUCCAUGCGGGAGCAAUUCUGGCGCGCCUGGUCGCGCGAUUAUCUGUCGUCGCUUCAGGCUAGAACCAAGUGGCGAACCGCCGCCUCUAAUCUAAAGGUCGGUGAGCUGGUGAUUGUGAAAAAUCCCUUGCUCCCUCCGAGCAAGUGGGAUCUCGCGAGGAUUGAACGCGUUCACCCAGGGUCCGAUGGACUCGUUCGCGUUGUUACAAUCCGCUCCGAGCGCUCUCGCCUGAAGCAAUCGAUAACUCAGUUGUGCAAACUUCCGAUAGAUUGCAAUCUGUCAGCUCCAGCGAACGACUGA